GUGGCCGAGCUGUCAGCCACGUCAUCGGCCCUGUCACAACUUUUCCCCUUUUUCUCGGGACCCUUGCAACUACAGAGGAGUUUCUAUGCGGCAUCAUCUCAAACUGCACCGACUCCCCAUGCCUGUAGGAGACGAGCCAGCCAGACGCCAGCCCGCCCGGAGCCGUCCCGUGUAGCCUCUCAUUUGUUGCAACUCUAUUCAUUUUUCUCGCAGUUUUGCUUUCCCAUGAGAGCAGGAGUUUGUGGCUUUUUUUGUAAUAACCCCCAGUCCUGUGGCGCAACGACUUGUACGCCCAGUGGUGUGAGGUUUUUUCUUUUUUCUUUCCUUUUCUUCUUUUUUUUUAAUUUGAGACAAAAUGAACAUCUUUCGCCUGGCGGGUGACGUGUCACAUCUGGUGGCUAUCAUCAUCCUGUUUCUGAAGAUAUGGAAGUCCAAAUCCUGUGCUGGGAUCUCGGGGAAAUCCCAGGUGCUGUUUGCCCUGGUGUUCACUUCCAGGUACCUGGACCUGUUCACUGUCUUCAUCUCUGCCUACAAUACAAUCAUGAAACUGGUGUUCCUGGUUCUGUCCUACGCCACUGUGUACCUGAUCUACAUGCGCUUUAGGGGCAGCUACGACUCGGAGAACGACUCGUUCCGUGUCGAGUUCCUGUUGGUGCCCGUCACCGGCCUGGCCUUCCUGGAAAACUAUGCCUUCACCCCACUAGAGAUCCUGUGGACCUUCUCCAUCUUCCUGGAGGCGGUGGCCAUAAUGCCCCAGCUCUUCAUGAUCACCAAGACGGGCGAAGCAGAGUCCAUCACCACCCACUACCUGUUCUUCCUGGGUCUCUACCGAGCCCUCUACCUGGCCAACUGGGUGUGGCGUUACCACACUGAGGGCUUCUUCGACCAGAUUGCCGUGGUGUCCGGCGUGGUGCAGACCAUCUUCUACUGUGACUUCUUCUACCUUUACGUCACAAGGGUUCUUCGGGGAAGUGGAAAGAUGAGCCUGCCGAUGCCAGUUUAAGAGGAGCCUGUGGCAGACAGCUACCAUUCUGUGCCUACUACAGCUCAGCAUCUGAACACAUACCUUGCCCUUCAGCUGUACUUAGCAGGGGGACUAAUGGUCUGACGUUACUGUGUAGACCAAGAUGAGUUCACCCCUGAGAACAUGACUUUCUGUCUGAUUGUUAUGGUGUGUGUCUGUGUUAUUGCACAUGUGUGUGUGUGUGUGUGUGUGUGUGUGUGUGUGUGUGUGUGUGUGUAUGUGUGUGCAUACAUGCCUAGUGGUGGUCAACACUUUGUGAUUACAGUAUGUCUGUUUUUUUUCCCAAAAGAUGAAAAAGUGACAUUGGAAAUGUGUCCCUGAUGUGCAUGUAGAGGGUAAAUUCAGGCAACUGAGUAAUUCUAUGCAUUUGGAGUUGUGCGUUUGUUAAUUCCUUGUUUUCCUUCACAGCAGAUGAGAUAGACUCACUUUAGACACAGCCAAAUGCUUUUUGUGACAUUUAUUUCAUUUUCAUACUAUUUGUUAGAAUGCUGGAUCCACAAAAAAUGUAAAUAUGGUUGGUUGAAACAUAUGGUAUAACACUCAGGUAGUCUCGAGUGCAUAGUGAAGUCAUGCUGUAUGUAACUUUAGUUUUAAUAAGGGGUUUCUACAGUUUUGCUGUCCAAAUUUGACAAAAAUCAUUUUUGCCCAAUGACUUUGAGUAGAUUUAGUUAUUCUUGUAUUUUCAGGUUCUAGUAUAUUGUUAUGGGAACCCACACUUGGACUUGGACUUGGAGCAACUGAUAAUGUAAUAACUGAUCUAUGUCACUUGUUAUAGUGCAAUGUAAUAGCCCUCCAAAUGGGUCAAAAGCAUAAUGAAACCUCUUACUGUAAUAAAUAGCUUAGUUAACAAGUGUUAUCCUGUAAGGGGUAUAACAUUUUUAAGAUGUGUAAUUAUACUGACUAAUAAUGUAUGCACAUUUUUACACUAUUUGUCAUUAUUAUGAGAUUACAAUAUAGUACUCAGUAUAGUAUACCACUUAUUAUACUGGCUAUUUAAUGUAAUAAUGUGAGGUUAUGAUAUUAUCUGGGAAUUUACCUCAGUAACAUGGUUAAAUAGAUUUUUAACCCAUUUAGAGGGAUAUUUUGACAUGUUAUUGCAUUAUUCAACAGAAAUUACAUUAUCAGUUUGUACAAGCCUCAUAGUUGUUUUUUUUUUUUUUUUUUUUUUUUUAAUAACACUCACAGAUUAUAUAAAUUGUAAAUUUGUCACUGAGUGUGCCAAGAAGUAUGUGUCUUUUUCUUUGGGUCUGUAAUGCUGCAGACACUCCAUGGCAAUCUUUUUCUAUUAUCUGCAAACCAUAGUUUUAUUCCUUAAUGCCACGUAUGUUACUAUUUUAUGUAUUUCAUCUGUAUUUUCUAUUUCUGUGUAAUUUCUUUAUGGGAGCAAAAAGGGCUAAACAUUUUUUUCAUGUCACAAAUGAAACCAAAGAUGGACCAGAUAAAAGCUGCAGAGAUGCAGUGAGUGAAAUGCUCUGUACUAAAUAUGAUUCACUUCUUACGCCAGACUGUCUUUCAUGGGCCAUUACCUUAACCUAACUGUCUUGUGUCAGGGCAAAAUGGGAAAAUGGUAAUAGAAUAACACUUUUAUGGUGCUUAUUAACAAUUGCGGUACAUGUGUU